GCAGUUGGUUAGAUUCUCUUUUGCCGUUGUGGACGCAGCAUUUUUGGCGGCAUUUUAAGCCUUUUGCAUUUCUAUCAAUUAUUAUUCACCUUUACUUAUUAUCUUCAGAAUAUCUUACAAGAUGUCGCAAAUUUGUAAACGCAGCUUAUUGACAGCCAACCGCAUGGCAAUUAAUGCACCAGCGGUUCUACGUUGCAAAUCCACUUGGUUCACCGACGUGCAAAUGGGUCCUCCGGAUGCCAUUCUGGGUGUGACAGAGGCCUUCAAGAAGGAUACGAACCCAAAGAAGAUCAACCUGGGCGCUGGCGCCUAUCGUGACGACAACACCAAACCCUUUGUCCUGCCCAGCGUGCGUGAGGCCGAGCAACGUAUUGUGAGUCGUGGCAUGGACAAGGAGUAUGCACCCAUCACUGGUAUUCCCGAGUUCUACACCAAAGCCAUUGAACUGGCGCUCGGCGAGCAAUCGCAGCGAUUGAAGGCUAAACACAAUGCCACGACACAGGCAAUCAGUGGCACUGGAGCCCUACGCAUUGGUGCCGCUUUUCUGAGCAAGUUCUGGAAGGGCAAUCGCGAGAUCUACUUGCCGUCGCCAUCGUGGGGCAAUCAUGUUCCCAUUUUCGAGCACGCCGGCAUGCCUGUCAAGCGCUAUCGCUACUACAAUCCAAAGAAUUGCAACUUGGACUUUAACGGCAUGGUUGAGGAUCUGAAGAAAAUCCCAGAAACUUCCGUUGUGCUGCUUCAUGCCUGCGCCCACAAUCCCACUGGUGUAGAUCCCACCAUGGAGCAGUGGCGUGAGCUUUCCCAGGUGUUCAAGCAGCGCAAGCUGUAUCCCUUCUUUGACAUGGCUUAUCAGGGCUUUGCCACCGGCAACGUUGAUGGUGAUGCUCAGGCAGUGCGCAUCUUCGAGGCUGACGGUCAUGACUUCUGUCUCUCACAAAGUUUUGCCAAGAAUAUGGGUCUCUAUGGUGAGCGCGCCGGCGCCUAUUCUGUGAUCUGUGCCGAUGAGCAGGAGGCGGCCCGUUGUCUCUCUCAGAUCAAGAUUCUCGUACGUGCCUUGUAUUCGAAUCCUCCAAUUCAUGGUGCCCGCAUUGUGGCCGAGAUUCUCAACACUGCCGAGCUGCACAGCCAAUGGCUGAAGGAUGUGAAGGGCAUGGCCGACCGCAUCAUCAACGUGCGCACCCAGCUCAAAACUAACCUUGAGAAAUUGGGAUCGACGCGUAACUGGCAGCACAUUGUCGAUCAAAUUGGCAUGUUCUGCUUUACUGGACUGACGCCCGAGCAAGUCGAUAGUCUGAUCAAGAACCAUAGCGUAUACCUCACCAAGGACGGUCGCAUCUCCAUGGCAGGAGUAACCAGCAAAAAUGUCGAUUACCUGGCUGAGAGCAUUCACAAGGUGACCAAGUAGAGAAGUAUACAAAUGGAUGGAUCUUUCUAGCAGAAAUUCGAGACACGAUAUUGCAUUUUCUAUUAUCUCUCACAUUUUGUACAUAAGAUACUAAAUUUGUCUUUAAGCAUAAAGCAUUUUUAAAUUUAUAUACAUAUACAUAUUGCAAUCUA